UUUGGGGCGAGGAGCGGCGCGGCAGGUCUGCGAGAAUGAGUGAAGUUUGCUGAACUCGUCAGCAAAUGUUGGACGAGGCUGGUGUGAGGACGGGACGGGUGAAACAGGACGGGAGGACGUAACACAGCGAGUCUAUAGAGAUGUGGUGGGUGCUGGGGGUGCUCGCCGCCUUGCUGGCCCUCUUCUGCAGCCUGGAUGUGUGGUACUUCCUGCGUGUGGUGGUGGUGAUUCUGCGAGCCUGGUUCCAGCCGGCCGUAUGGGACGUUACAAGCGAGCAGGUCGUCAAAGGACUCGUCCUUCCUCACGACAUCGACAUGUGUCACAUGAACAAUGCUCGUUACCUCCGGGAGUGCGACUUCGCCCGCUUCUCUCUGUACACCCGUAAUGGCGUAUUCAAGGCCCUCCGAGCCCUGGGAGCUUCCGUGGUGGUAGGGGCCACCACCAUCCGCUACCGCAGGGCCCUGUGCAUUGGCGAGAGCUUUGAGCUGCGGAGUCGCAUCGUCACCUGGGACGAUAAGUCCUUUUUCCUGGAGCAGAGAUUUGUGUCUUCGAAAGACGGGUUGGUGUGCGCUGUGAUGUACUGCAAACAGAGCGUCCUCCACAGCAGCCCGGACAAGAUCAUGCAGCACCUGUGCAAGAGGAAGGUGGAAUGCCCCGAGUUUCCAGAGGACCUUCAGCACUGGGUCAGCUUCAUCUCAGCCAGCAGCCAGGCCCUGAGAGCGGAGAGUGGACUGGAGAAGGACAAGUGAAGCUCAGCAUCACUCCAGCAGUUAUUAGGAUUGGCUUUUUGAAUGCUAACUAUUGUGCUAACCCAGGAUUAACACUGUUUUAGAAAAGGAUUCGUCCUCUGAUCAACAGAAUGUUUUGACUUAAACACAUUUGUACCUACUCCUCGGAUGAUGAACGUUAUUUAGAGGUAAAUUAUGCAUAUAAUGUGAACAUGUGAAAAACAAGUGUACAUUGAUUACAUUAUUCACAUUUUGAGAGCUUAAAAUCAGGAAUGAGCACUGAUGGAUGAACAGAAUAUGGAAAGCAAUGGUGUAAUGUAUAUUUUCAAAUGCUAUUUUGCCAAUAAAAUAUCUUUUGAUGUU